AGCGGGUUUUUUUCUGUGGAUGUUCUUCGUCUCGCUCUCGCCCGCUUUGGAGCCAUUGAGUUGAUCCCCUCCCAAAAAUUCUCCAUCUCUCAGCCCUCUUCGCGGGGCGGUGGGGAGGGCGAACGGGAGGCAUUGGGCGCGCGGAAGGCGGCUGAGGCGGCCGGUGACCUGACGCAGGAGCUUGGCUUCCUGGUGAACCGAGCCGAGCACUGGUUCGCUUUACGCAGAGUGGGGCGUCGGUGGUGGAACCUGAACUCGACGCUGGAGCGGGGUCCGGAGGAGGUGGGGAGGUUCUACCUGAGUGCCUUCUUAGAGGCCCUGGUCGCGGAGGGUUACAGCGUCUUCCUGGUACGCGGCGAGGGGCUGCCCGAGAGAGGCUACCCGGAGGAAGUGGGGGGGCAUGGGCGACGGGAUAUUGGGACGUGGUACAGAGUGAGCGACCUGGUGGCGGGGGG